CCACUGUACAGGAAACGAUUGCAAAAGUGAAGGCUAUCGUCACAAUUACAAGAAGAAGCGUCGUGGCUUGCGAUGAAUUAAAGAAGCUGCAAAUGCGAGACGGAAAAACGGAAGGAACUACAUUAAAAUUUAUUCAAGAUGUUCCUACACGUUGGAACUCGACGCUCUACAUGCUUGAAAGAUUUCUCACUCUCGAGGAAUACGUUUAUCCGGUUAUGUCUAAGUGUCCGACUACACCAGAUAUGUUAAAACGAGAAGAAAUGAAAAUGCUGAAAGAUAUCGUAUCCCUUAUGAAACCAGUCGAAUGUGUUAUCACUGAAGUAAGUGGAGACUCUUAUCCAACAUGUAGCGUUAUUAUUCCGUUAGUUCGCUGCCUGAAAGUGGCUGUUCGAGAAAGUAAGCCUUUAACAAAGUGUGGACACGAGUUUAAAGAAAAACUCGAAGCAACAAUUGAUAGACGAUUUAAAGAUUUUGAGUUUCGCAAAAUACUAGCCAUUUCAAACGUACUGGAUCCGAGAUUCAAAAAAAUUCACUUUGAGAGUGCUCUGGCUGCUUCUUCUGCAAUAUCGCAAAUUAAUGAUUACAUUAAAAAGGAUACCGUACAAAAAAUGUAUGAAAAAGUACCCGUUCAAUUGACGGAAAAAAACGAUCUCUGGAAUUUUCAUGAUCACUUGGUUGCGACUAAAGCUGACUACAAUACUCACAGCGAAAACGUCAGUUUUGAAAUGAGACAAUAUUUGAGCCAACCAGUCAUCCCGCGCUGUGAAAAUCCUCUCAAGUAUUGGUCAUCAAUGAAACUAGCAUUUCCGUCAUUGUACAAAUUGGCAAUAAAAUAUAUCAGUAUUAUUGGCACGUCGGUGCCAUCCGAACGGCUGUUUUCUCAAGCUGGUGACAUCAAAACCGACAAUCGGAGCAGACUAUCCGGUGAGCACUUAAACAAGCUGUUGUUUCUCAGUUCGCUUGCACGAAAGGAUUGGGGCUUAGAGUGACAACGAAAUUGUUAUACUUCUGCAACUGUAUUACUCUCUUGUGACUGUUAUGUUUCCUCUCUUGUGACUGUCUGUUUUUUACUAUGUAAGGCAUAAUAUUUUUUUAAAGCAAACGGUGACAGUUUCUAUUUUCUAUCUAACAUUUCCUAUUUCUUGUCAUUUAAUUUUCAGUUUUUUAUUCGAAGGUUUGUUUCAAUGUAACAAUGUUUCAAAAUAACUGUAAAGUAUAUAGAUGUGUUGUAAUCUAAUACAUUUGAGUGUUUUGCUAUACCUAUGACCUUCUAUUUAUUCAUUUAAUGCAAAUGAGUUG